CUAGAACAACUCCUUUCCCUCUUCAUCACCACCACCAGCACAACCAGAAUUCGCGGCUCACGAGUACAGGAUGGAGUGAAAAAAAGGAAACUACCCUCCAAUAUCCUUAUUACUAUUAUAAAUAUCUUUCUCCAGCAGACGCACCCACCACCAAUCUUACUAGAACAACUCCUUUCUCUCUUCAUCACCACCACCACCACAACCAGAAUUCGCUGCUCACGGUCGGCAACUACUUCUUUCUCCAUAGUCUGCUCCCUUAUUUUCGUCUGUUGCCUCUUUCUGUAUCGAUUUUUCUUUUAUUAAAGAAAAAGAAAGAAACAGAAGACCGGUCACUGAGUUUUAUAAGAUGUCUGAUAAGCGGCCAUAUGGUGAUGAUCCAUCGAGGUAUCCCUAUCCUCCAGAGUACUUCAAUAAUCCAAGCUCCUCAUCAGACUAUUCCAAUGACCCUGGAAUGAGCUCUGGCUACAACAACGCUUAUUUCGGCACCUCAACAACCUUCGACAGCAACUCUUAUCCCGGCAACCCUUGUUGGGGAUCUGCAUACCCAAACCAACCUAUACCAACCUUUGACAACAACUCUUAUUCCGGCAACCCUUGUUGGGAAUCUGCAUAUCCAAACCAAUCUAUACCAACCUUUGACAACAACUCUUACCAGCCAACUGCCUAUGUUGACCCGCAUUCUUCUGUUCCAAACCUUUUCAUGGCAACAUCCGAUCACAACUGUUAUUUGGGUAACACUAGUGGCUACCCUCCUCAGUCAGAUCCUUGUAGCAAUGACGAGGUUACUACUGUACAUCGAUUUGGUGCUGAACAUCAAAAUGAUAGUACCAAUUCCGAUACUUAUUCUGAUGAUUCUGUCGAUUCUUCUAAUCUACAUGUGCGAAGUUUUGGCUUAAGACGCUGUAGCAAGAAAAAGCCUAAAAAUAAAGAACAUGACCGGUGGAUAGCUUCCUGGAAAAAGGAUACUCAACCGCCCCCCCGAAUUUUUUGAUAACAAUACUCUUAUGGAUUACUUUGUAAGUAUAGACGGGUACUUCAGAGCAGGACGAAAAGGAGGAUACGGAUUUAUAAUUCGCGACAAUGUUGGUAAACCCAUUGUUGCUUCAGCUGUGGCUUCUACAGAAGCAGUGUCCUUCCUUUAUCACCUGGUGGAGGGUAUAACAAGAGCCGUCGAACUUGCAGUAGAGUUUUCUCUUCGAGACAUUCGAUUGUUUUGCAAUGCAAAACAUGUUGUUCGGCUUGUUAACAGGGCUGUCCAGACAGUGUCUGGAUGUAGAUUACAUUGUAAUCUAAAGAAUCAUUUUGAUGUUAUCUGUAAGAUCUGUGUAAAGAAGCGUGUAAAAGAGGAAUAUGGCUUGGUCUUCCCUCUAUUGAAGAGAAUAGGGCAGUUGCAAGAUGAGUUCCAUACGCAGUUGCAGACUGUCAAAGUUUCAAAAGAACGUAACAAAGCAGCAGAUUAUUUGGCGAAGAAUGCUGCACCUGGGACGGAGGUGUUACAUCCAUGUAACUUUCCAGAUGAAUUGAAGGAAAUUCUCUGCACAGAUUAUGUUAGUGGAGUAGAGUUAUUUAGGAUGACUUCUGUGGUGGUAGUGAUACUGGUUUUGAAGAAGAUGGUUCAGUGUUUUCAUCUCAAUAGCUAUGGAAACUUGUUUUCAUGUUUCAGAGUUGUCUUUUUCUUGUAUGCUGUUAUGAUAUUAUAGUCGUGUGGUUUGUGGUUAGCGGCUGGUGGAGCUUCAAGGUGUGAGUUUCUCUGCUUGUGGUGGGUGUGUUUCCUUUUCGGGUUGCUAGAAGGUGGUGUUGCCGUUGGUGGUGGUGUUGGCCGCUUGUUUUAGUUUUUGUGGUGGCGGUGUUUGGUUUUAGGUAUAUGUGGAUAGUGGUCAGUAGACGGAGGUCCCCCACUAUUUCUCCAUAAGUGCCACUGCCUCUUGAAAUUAUGUUGAUCCUUCUAAAAUUAUGUUUAUCAAUUUAGAAUGUGAUACAACUACAGUCCUCUUGUUGUGCUGAUUAACUGUAAGUCUCUCUUGUUGUGCUGCUUGAGGUAUUUGAUGCUUAAACUCUUGUUAUAGUUCUCUAUGAAUCCCCGAUGAAGAAAUAUAAUUUGUACCUAGCUGUACCUGGAUAAGAAGAUCUCUGUACAGUACACAACUUUAAUAUCCUAUUUUUGCUAAUCUU